AAAGUACGAUGCAGCAUUUUCGCGAUUCUGGUACCGCGGCAAGUAUAAACAUGCACAGGAACCGGCAAUGAAAACGCGUGUGUGUGAAAUUUUCAACACAAUAAUUGCAACUGAUCACAUAUGUGUUUCCAAUUAUCAGUGAAAUGUGAUAGGUAUCCUAUCUAUACAUAGUGUGAUCAACUGUCAGUUAAAAUUCUGAUUUGCUAAACACAAACACAAGAAGUUUACUUGGGAGACCUGACAAGACAUCCAAGCAUGGCAUCGGGGAGACUGGACUUGGAUUCCAAUGAGCUCAGUUUGAUUGACUCUGGGAUACAGGACAUCCAAGAUGUGCCCCUUCGUCCACAUCUUGUGGUGCUAAACUUACACAGCAACUACAUACAACAGAUCCACAAUCUCUCCCGAUUACAGCAGCUGAGACAUCUAGACUUGUCGUCCAAUCAGAUCACCAGGAUAGAGGGUUUAGAAGGUCUUGUUUCUCUCAGGACUCUCAACCUCUCCUGCAACCUUAUCGCAGAAGUCCAUGGAUUAUCUCCCCUUAGGUCUCUUGUCAAAAUAAACUUGAGCUACAACCAGAUAGGGAGUGUAGAAGGUUUCAGCCAACUCACCGGUCCCCAGUAUAAGCUGUCUCACAUUGAACUCCACGGCAACAAGCUGCGAUCCCUGACACAUGUAACACAGGCUCUGAUUGGCUGCUUCAAUCUCCGACACCUGGUGCUGUAUCAGGAUGGGUCAGGCAAUCCAGUGUGUCAUCAACCAGGAUACCCGUCAGAGGUGUUCAGUGCACUCCCUCAGGUGAAAUGUCUGGAUGGCAAGGACAGAGUGGGACGUCCAGCAGACAUGACUGAGGUUCUCAACGACAUCCCUGGCUUAGAAGACUACAUGGAGUAUCUGAUUUCUUCAAGUAGCUCUGAUCCACAACUAGCUGAUGUUAUCACACCUAAAAUUGACCAGGCACUCACAGCAUUCAGACAGCGCCACCUGGUGUCGGGAGAGAUUAGCACAACUGUCUCAUCAACUGACAUAGAACAGAGCCCUGUAGGUGUCAAGGAAGGUACCUGGGACCAGGAGUCUCGGCUCCAGCAGCUCGAGGGACAACUUGCUCAGCUCCUCCACAAACAACAGAAAUCACCAUCAUGUGGAAGUCAAUCUUCAGAGAAAACGUUGGUUGGGAACAAAGGGGAGACAACUGGCAGAAACAGUUUGCAGGCAGCGAAAGAUGCUGAUGAAACAGGGGAAAGCAGUUCCGAUGUUAUCAAUCACACAAAGGGAAAGAAGACGGGGCGUAAGGGAAAGAAAUCGAAAGUUCCGACAUAUACAAAAACUACCAACUCAUCUCGGGCCAAAUCUGAAGAGCAUCAAGCCGGCAACAUAUCAAGCAAUACGCCAGAUGGUGACGAGGGAAGUGGUGAAGGUGAACGUCAACUGCAGGUCAAGGCUGGUUCUGAGAAGAGAUACCGAGAGGAUAUCAAGACUACCUAUGUGCACCUGAUGCAGGAGCUGGAGGAGGAGAGGGAGCGACGAUGGAAAGCAGAGCAAGCAGCCAAGAAACUUGCCGAUCAUAUCUGUGCAGUCCAAGCUAAAGCUAAACAAGACAGUGACACGAAGACCACGGCGCUGGAGGCUACUGGCCACCUGAAAAGAGCAGUGAUGAAUGAGAGAGAGGUGAAGAUGAGGCUGCAAGAAGAAAACCAAACUUUGAAGGACAGAAUUGGAGAUCUAACUGAUGAAUUGACAAAUUCCAAAGCAAAUGAGCAGUCACAUAAACUUGCAUUGAGAGCCAUGGAGGAGACAGUCCUGAAACAAGAGAGGGAGAGAGUUAAGCAAGAAGCUCACGAGGUGAAGAAGUUGCAGGAAGCUCAGAUGAAGGCAGCAGCCAUGACCCGUGAGGCAGAGAUGUUGAGACACACCACCGAGAACCAGAAGGGGCAGCUGGGCCAGCUGCAAGAACUCCUGGCUGCACGGGAACAGGAGCACAGGCAGGAGUUGAAGCACCGCUACAGUCUGGGCAGCCCAGAGCUCCAGCAGCAGCUUCAGAAGGAGGCAGAAGUUCUGGCAUCACAUCAUCAGCAGAACCUGACUCAGCAGAAACACAAGAUUGAUGAGCUGACCCGGCAGUAUGGUGAGCUGGAGGAUGAGUUCAGGCUGGCGCUGCAGAUUGAGGCAAACAGGUUCUCAGAGCUCAAGACAGCUUUUGAAAAGACAAGGCAGGAAAAUGAAGAUCACCGCCAGCUUAUAAUGACAGCACAGAAAAAAGAUGAAAAGUCCUCAGCUAUGAUCAGUGAACUCACAGCGCUGGUCAAGGAACAGAAAGGAAGAAUUACGGAACUGACUAAGUCCAAGCAUGAGCAGAAUGUGGACUUCAGGGAGCGAGUGACAACACUAGAGGCCCAUGUGGAAGAAGCCAGGAAGAGAAUGGUGCAGCUCGAAUUGCUCAAGAAGGAGAAGGCCCAUCUGUCAGCUGAGGUCCAUGCUCAGGAAUCGGUGAUCGAUGGCCUUAAGGCCGAGAGGAAGCUUUGGGGGCAGGAACUGGCUCAGCAAGGUUCAUCUUUGGCUCAGGAUCGAGGUCGCCUGGAGUCCAGGAUUGAGAUCCUCAACCAGGAGAACGCCACACUCAAGAAACAGCUUGAGAGAGAGACUGAUGGUCUGAGAAUCAAGUCCAAGGUGAUUGAUGACCAAACAGAAACAGUUCGCAAACUAAAGGAGGGCCUUGUUGAACGAGACGGAGAAAUAAGAAAAGCUCGUGAAGAAACUCUGAAAGUACAACAGGACUUAGAAGCACAGCUUUUGGAGGAGAGAACAGCCAAUCAGGACACCCAGGAUGCAAUGGACCAUUUGCGAGGACGGAAAGAUGAGCUGAAACGAGAAGUUUCCUCUUUACGUGAUGAGCUUGCGGAGUCCCAGAAGGCACACAGCAUCCUGAACACUCGCUGGAGAGAGAAAUCUGCUCUGAUUGGUCAGCUGGAACACCAGGUGUCACAAAUGAAGGACUCAUGGGAAGGCAAGGAGGAGAAGCUAACAGGAGAGAGAAACAAGGCGAUCGAAGCAGCAAACCUGGCCAUAGAGAAGCUGCGGGGGAUGGAUGAUGCGUUCCGCAAACAGCUGGAGGCCAAGGAGAAAUCCCACCAAGAGGAGAUAAAUCUUGUCAAGGAACAGAAGGAACGGGAAUUGCAGGAAGCAAACAGAAGGGUGGCGCUAGUGGAAAAUGAGAUGCGGGAGUUGUUGAGAGAGACUGAGAGCAACAAACGCGCAAUGGAGGACAAGCUCAAACAUUUGACACAUGCCCUCGGGGACCUCCAGUCUGACCUCUUCUGAGGUGAAGGUCAGCAGCCGUGAUGAACUUGGAACAAGAAUGCACCAUCUGUGUUACAACUAGAGACUGAAUCAUGUGAUGGGUGUUCUGCACCAGCUUUGUCUGUUUCCUUGCUAAGAAUAGAUCCAGUAGAUCUAGGUUUGUGAAAGGUGUAUGACCUUGGACACCUGUAGCGUGCCACCUUCUGAUGCUUGAAAGCCACAACAUUAUCCAAUAUACUUGGAACAGUACUGUUCUUCCACACCAUCUAGAGAUCCGGGGUAGAAUCGGUCUUCAGCAACCCAUGCUUGCUGUAAAAGGCGACUAUGCUUGUCGUAAAAGGCGACUAACAGGAUCCGGUAGUCAGGCUCGCUGACUUGGUUGAUGCAUGUCAUC